AUUUGUACGGUAGCCUACAUGUUCUUGAUGUCUUUAGUCAGCGCGGGGUGGGGCUUUGAGGAUGUUCAACCCAUGGACUGGCUGGUGCAGUUGUCAAUCAAGCAGAACAUGCGCGGUGAUUGGCUGGAGUGGGCGGAUCUGCAGGUGUCCUACGCUCUUAGAGAGGCAGGGUUAGGAGAAGGUGAUCAAUCUCCAUCCGUCUACAUUAGCAAUCACCUUAAACUAGUGACAGACACGAACGAGAAAGCCAAAGCAAAUGAGUUUAAUGCAUUUGGUUUUAAACCCCGGGAACACACUCUGAAUAGACUACAACAAGUCCAGCUAAAGGCCAGACACGUGCGUCAUAUCAACACUGCUGCGUGUCUGCAGUUUUGAAGAGAGUUUUUGACGACAUUUAUUCGGUGAGGUUCCUCGAUCGGGUUGCCUUUCUGAACUCUUGCAUUGGUGGAUAUUUUUUAUCUUCUGUUCAGACUGCUAAAAUUCAGGAGAGGAGAAGGACGGAGGGUUCUGGAAAAGUAACAUAAAUUGGGUCCGUCCUUCGUCAAACUGCAACAUCGGGGGAAAUCAAACUAUUGGCAAGAUCUGGGGGGACCCGUGACUGCCUCUAGCAUGAUGUCAUACCUCAAACAGCCCCCCUACGCCAUGAACGGCCUGGGGCUGAGCGGCGCAGCCAUGGACCUACUGCACCCGUCCGUCGGAUACCCAGCAACACCCAGAAAGCAGCGGCGGGAAAGAACGACAUUUACGCGCUCACAGCUUGACAUUCUCGAAGCGCUUUUUGCCAAAACUCGUUACCCGGACAUUUUUAUGAGAGAAGAGGUGGCGCUGAAGAUCAACCUUCCCGAGUCCAGAGUUCAGGUGUGGUUUAAGAAUCGGCGUGCUAAAUGUCGUCAGCAGCAGCAGAGUGGCAGCAGCACUAAAGCUCGGCCCGCAAAGAAGAAAUCCUCACCCACUCGGGAGAGCACGGGCUCAGAGAGCAGCGGCCAGUUUACCCCUCCUGCCGUCUCCAGCGCAGGCUCUUCCUCCUCCUCCUCUUCUUCAACCAAUAACACAGGCAUCACUAGCACCUCUACCUCUAUCAGUACUGUGUCAUCAAUCUGGAGCCCUGCCAUUUCUCCAGGCUCUGCACCCCCGUCUGUCUCCCUGCCGGAGCCCGUUGCUCCCUCAAAUGCCUCCUGCAUGCAGCGCUCCGUCUCGGGCACACCCAGCUCCUCAUACCCCAUGCCCUACAACCAGACCACCGGUUACAGCCAGGGCUACCCGACUCCUUCCAGUUCUUACUUCAGUGGAGUGGACUGCGGCUCCUAUCUGGCCCCCAUGCACUCUCACCACCACCCUCAUCAGCUCAGCCCCAUGACGGCGUCAUCCAUGCCCACGCACCCCCACCACCACAUCAGUCAGUCCUCAGGACAUCACCACCAUCAUCACCAGGCAUACAGUGGCACUGGCCUGGCGUUCAAUUCUUCUGACUGCCUGGAUUACAAGGAGCAAACGGCCUCCUCCUGGAAGCUCAACUUCAACACUACAGACUGUUUGGACUACAAAGACCAAGCGUCCUGGAGGUUCCAAGUCUUGUGAUCUGAUUUUUUUUUUAAUGCCCUCCAUUUUCACCUUCUCUCUGUUUUCAUAGUGUGCUGAAUUUAAGGGAAAAAAAAUAUAUGGACUUGCAGAUUUGAACAAAAUAGUUAGAUGUUCGUCACAUUUUUAAAAGUGAGGCCCCCUUUAUUUAGAGAAAAGAAAGGGGGAAAACGGCAAAGUUGUGGAGGGAAAUGAAAGCUAUUUUUUUUUCCGUCCCUGAAGAGACUUAAUUAGAUCUACUCGACGACCCAGAGUUCUGGUUCUGAAGUGUUCUGCCGGACUCGAGUCACUCUCCUGCCUGAUCUGGAUUACCGUUUUUCUACACGGGACACUGAACGCUCAGCGACCUCUCAAACCCUGUACAGCUGUUUCGUUUUCUAAAUAUGGUUAUUUUUUAGGAUGACAGAUUCUAGUCAGCUUAACGGAGCUGAAUUGUGUACAUAUGUAUUUGGGUCAGUUACAUUGACCAUAUUUAGUUGGUGUUACUGGAUUUCAAAUGGUUUAAUAAGACUUUGAAACGACUUUAUGUAAAUCUUUUCCUCAAAUAAUCCAAAGAUGAAGAAUUGGCCGCUGGACUUAUUUGAUAUAACGAAAACCAAUUUUUGUUACCCUGAAAAAUAAAGAUUAAAAAUAAAUAAAUAGGAUUUUAUAUUGAGAACACCAUGUGGAAAAAAUAAAAAUAAAAAAUUUGAAGAAAAAAAAAGACAAUUAUACGCUGGACAUUUUUAGAGCGGGGGGUAUUUGGCUGUGAUAUAUCAAGGUAAACUAGCAUUUGAAGAUUUGUUGCGGUGAAAGAGCACGGGCAUGAUUAAAAAAAAAUGUUGGAUGCAUUUAACAGCACUUGACUUAAUUGCUCUAACCGAAAAAAAAAAUCAUGUGGAUAACGAAAUGUGGUUUAACGAAGAAUUCCCAAAUGAAAAGUGAAAUGCUGAAUGUACUGCAGGCGCAGAUCAUUACAUUCGUGUCCGUAAUAAAGAUCAGUUAAUUACCAAAAUAUCACAUGACUUCUGAUUGGGGUAUGUCCGAUUUUAACAUCCAAAAUUUAUUUUCGUGUUGCAAAUGUUUUCAACUCAACGAACGAAUAAAUUAGUAAAAAAAUACAAUAAACGCACCUCAGUUUUAUUUAUGUGGUGAGAUGCUGGAUAACGUUUGGAUUAAGAACGAAUUUUACAUGCCUAAUGCAACUUGUGCACCAUAUCUAGAGCUGAAUGAUUAUCUGCACUAAACUUGAGGCAAUUCAUUGGUUUGUUUUAAUAGGACUGUGAGGAUUUUAAAGGGGAUGUGUGUGUGUGUGUGUGUGUGUGUGUGUGUGUGUGUGUGUGUGUGUGAAAUCGAAUGCCACUGAUUUAAUUUUUCGUUAAGGAUUAAGUUUUUGCUCCUCCUUAAUAAACCGGUUAUUUGCUAUGGAUAUGAAUGCUGUAAGUGUGUGUGUGUGUGUGCGUGCAGGGGUGUAAAAACUGAUUAAAACUUAAACAGUGGACUUGAACAAGGCAAUGUUAAUUUGGUCUUUAUAAAACAUACAAUCGUUUGAAGGUCUUUUGUGCAAACUUGUUAAAGGCCACGGCACCGCAAAAUUUCUUAAAUAUUUAUUAACGCAUUUGAUCAGGUCGUAAUUGAAUGCGCUCGCGAUAAUUGCUUCCCUGCAGAAUCUCCGCGCGCUCUGGAGCACAAGAGCGUUUCGCCAAAAUAACCCGGAGCGAUUUCGCCUCUUCUGAUUCGGUAAUGACGUGGGUGGGUCUGGGUUAAUGGGUCAAAAACUGGAGGGAGGCAGCGGUCAGGCACCGGGCCAUUAAAGAAAUAGCUGGAGAAAAACAAGGGCUCGGCAAAGCUGUUUAGAUGAACGUGUUCGAACAGAAAAAGUUUCAUUUUGGUCGAUUAAGCAGCGGACAGAAAAAAUGUGCACAGGAAUUUUUUUUUUUUAUUAUCAACACACAAGAAGGCCAGCAUUCAUUUAUGUCCUUACGUACUUUAUGACAAACCUAUGUUGUGUUUUUUUAAUUAAUUUGUAAUGAAAAUAAUCAAAUAUUUGUUAUAGGCCAAUGACAAAUACAUGCUUAUUGGAAGAUAUGGGGCUAUUCUUUGACUUGUCUUAACUGAAUGCACCUACAAGUUAGGCUACUUUGAAUAUCACGUUAUGCAUGUUUUAAGAACAAUAAUCGUCGACAGCAUAUUGCUAAUAAGAAAAUAACAACCCAUUCAACCCAUUGUGCGCUAAUUAUUGAUGUGUUGGCCUGGCAGCUGAAUCAACACCUGGCUCAGGAAAACAUUACGCGUAUUUGUUUUACUGUGCUCGCAGCUCAGCGACACUACAUAAACAUGAAUGGAUUUGUACGAUCUGCAUCAAACAAACAUUUGCGUCCUGUCUUCCUGGGGAAUAAUUUGAGGAGCUCGGACACUCCCUCGCGUGGAGCACCUGCUUAAGCCCGAGGGGUGUGUGAGAGAAAACAUUAGGGCCUGUUCGGUCUAACACUUUCAACUGAAGCUGGCAUAAUUCUGGCGAGGUGAAUCCAUGUCCAUUAACUCAGAGAGUUUGUCAUUUAUUUUACACUCUAUUAGUAACAGCCAACAAUGUUUUUUGGACGCAAUGCUACCGGAAUAAAUCAUGCUCCAGUCUGUACAUAGCCUACACUUGUUGGCAGGGCGGAAGACGAGAUGCCCGGCUAAAAGGCUAC